UCGGUCAGCGACGACCCGCUGUCGGUAUUCUUCCCUUCGCUCUCUCCUCUGAUCAUCAUACACUGACACCGGUCCUAAUUUUUCUUUCUUCUUGGAUUUAGCGGCAAGGGACGCUUGGAUGCGGGCUCACAAGGAUACACUUGUAUGCCGUCUCUGUUUACGUCGCCGUAUGCUAAUCAACAUCUCUUUUUGUCUCUUCGGUAGCUUGGCGGCAAGUAUUGAACGGAGGUACGUCCUAUCUUUAGGUCCUAUCUUACCAGCUUAUCCUUUCCAGCUUGCCGGCGACGAGGCGAUUUCAGAUGCGUCCGGAGUCGUACUACAGGGCAGCCUGCUGAUCUCCUCUUUACCCGCAGAUCACGGAAGUUUCACAUCCCAGGUAUGUACACUUUCACGCUGCGCGGUAGCACGAGCUUCCAUUUCUCUUUCCUCCAGAGAUGAUGGCAUGACUCGGAAGGUAAGUCCUCUCUCUCCAAAUUCCCACUCUCGAUGAAGUUUUUUUUUCUUUCCCUUGCCCAUAUCAGACCGUCUUUGGACCCCGGUGCCAACGUUGACGCCACUCAUGCAAGCGUUCUACCACCACUUAAACCGCACGUUCCUCUCAAGCCGCUCGCAAUCCCGGAGAUCGCUGCAAAGGACGUGUCUUACACACCGCCUCAUGAUUCCCGCCAUCUUUCCCGGCAGCGAAAU